CUACCUAACUUCAAUUUUGUUGAAACUAACUUCAAUUUUUCUUUUUUAAAUAUGGGUUACGGGGUCGGUAGAGGAAAAUAAAUUAUGUAAGGAAUACAAAAUUAUGCAUGCUUGUUAUCCGUCACCAAUAUACUAUCAUUUAAUCCUUUUUGAUAGUAUUGGAAUGUUAGAAGGCGUAGUAAAUAAGUUUCAGAUAAUACGUCAUCAAUUUAAAAAAUACUUUUAAUUAAAUAAUUAUACUCACACAGUAUUAUCAACGUGAUAGCAUUUAAACAGAUUACUCAUAAAGUUAUUUACAUCAUUACAGGCAUAACGUCUUAUACGGUUAUCAGUUUUCUAUAAAUUGAGUGCAAAAUUACAAUAACAAUUAGUUUAUAAUGUUUUGUAAAAGAGUGACACUUUUUACGAAAAGAAAAGUAAUACGGCAUCUUGCGUUUUACUCAACAGGGAAGCCUCGUCGAGUAAUAGCGAUACGCAGAGAAGACCAGUCAGUAUGGGAAAGAAGAGCGGCGUUCUCACCUUCCAAUGUCAAUCGUCUAGUGAGGAACGGUGUGCGGGUUAUUGUUCAGCCUUCCAACCGAAGAGCAUAUCCUAUGCAGUCAUACAUAAAUGCUGGCGCAAUUAUUCAAGAGGACAUCAGUGAAGCCAGCGUUAUUUUUGGUGUGAAGCAAACUCCGAUCGAUCUUCUCAUUCCGAACAAGACCUAUUGCUUCUUUUCUCACACGAUCAAAGCGCAGGAAGCAAAUAUGCCAAUGCUAGAUGCUAUAUUAGCGAAAAACAUUCGCCUUAUCGACUAUGAGAAGUUGAUGGACAACGCCGGCAACCGAGUGGUGGCAUUCGGGAAGUACGCGGGCGUGGCUGGCAUGAUCAACAUCUUGCACGGCCUCGGCCUGCGACUGCUCGCCUUGGGACACCACACACCUUUCAUGCACGUCGGCCCAGCUCACAACUACCGCAACUCAAGCAUGGCUCGACAAGUCAUUCGUGACGCAGGAUACGAAGUAGCACUGGGAAUGAUGCCGAAGUCCUUGGGACCACUCACCUUUGUAUUUACCGGCUCCGGAAAUGUAUCACAGGGUAGUCAAGAAAUAUUUCAAGAAUUGCCUCAUGAAUAUGUCCCACCUGAGAUGUUAAGGAAAGUCGCUGAACAUGGCAGUCCGAAUAAAAUUUACGGCUGUGAAGUGCGUCGGAGACAUCACUUAGUCAGAAAAAAUGGCGGAGGAUACGACCCUGACGAGUACGAGGAGUUCCCAGAGCGAUACAUCUCUACUUUUGCACAAACGAUAGCUCCAUACACAUCAGUACUGGUGAACUGCAUCUACUGGGCGGUGGGCAGCCCGAAACUGCUGACUAUACCCGACGCCAAACAUCUGCUGAUACCGUCGCAUACUCCCUGGCUGCCGAUCAGCGUCGGCGCGCCGGCUCUACCGCAUCGAAUGCUGGCAAUUUGUGACAUUUCCGCAGACCCUGGGGGUUCAAUUGAGUUUAUGAACGAAUGCACAACAAUCGAUACUCCAUUUUGCCUCUAUGAUGCUGACAGAAACAAAGACACUAAAAGUUUCAAAGGGCCCGGUGUAUUGGUGUGUUCAAUCGACAACAUGCCAACGCAGUUGCCAAGGGAGUCAACUGACUUCUUUGGUGACCUGCUUUACCCUUACGCUGAAGAUAUAAUGAGCUCUGAUGCUACACGACCACUCGAAGAACACAAACUAUCACCUGUUGUUCAAGGAGCAAUAAUCACUAGUAACGGAAAGUUGACACCAGCUUUUGAGUAUAUUAACGAACUACGAAUGGCAAAUAAUCGUUCUCGGCAUAAGGUAGAAGGCCGUGAUCAACAAACUUCAGUUGUGAUCCUUGGAAGUGGACUAGUGUCUGCGCCGGUGGUUGAAUAUUUAGCUAGAGACAAAAAUAUUGCUGUUACUGUAGCAUCACAAGUGAAAGAAGAAGCUGACGCUCUAGCUGAACGAUACGGCGUCCAAUCUGAAUAUCUUCAAGCGAAUGACGACAACGCACUCAAAGAGCUUGCAUCAAAAUCUCGUUUAGUCAUAUCACUACUACCGUACGAUCUUCAUGGUGCAGUGGCCAGAGCUUGUGUCAGUUGUGGCGCUCAUAUGGUGACAGCAUCCUAUGUUCGACCAGAAGUACAAGAACUUCAUGACAUAGCUAAAGAAGCCGAAAUAACUUUACUCAAUGAAGUAGGUUUGGAUCCGGGUAUCGACCAUUUGCUCGCCUUGGAAUGUAUUCACGAUGUACAAAAUCAUGGAGGAAGGAUUGAUUCAUUUGUUUCAUAUUGUGGAGGAUUACCUGCACCAGAAUUUAGUGACAACGCUUUAAGAUAUAAGUUUUCCUGGAGUCCGAGAGGAGUUUUGUUAAAUACGAUUUCUGGAGCAAAAUACCUGAGUAAAGGACAAGUUGUGGAGGUACUUAGCGGCGGAGAGUUGAUGUCGGUAGCGCGUGACUUAGAUUUUCUUCCUGGUUUCGCAUUCGAGGGUUUCCCCAAUAGAGAUAGUACAAAAUACUCCUCCCUCUACGGCAUAGAAGAUGCGCAUACUAUGUUCAGAGGAACACUUAGAUACAAAGGUUUUGCUGAAACGAUGAAGGCUAUGCAACUUUUUGGUUUCAUUGAUCCGAGUCCCCAUCCAUCUCUACAUCCCGAGGGACCGAAAAUAACUUGGCGACAAUUUGCCUGCGAACUUCUCGGUCUAAUGGAUCCUUCAAUCUUCUACGAGAACCUGAAAACACGAUUAGCAGAGCGGAUUGGCAGCACGGGCGCACAGGCUAUUGAGUCUCUCGGACUACUCAGCGACGAGCCCAUAGUUAAAUGUGGAUCACCAUUGGACACAAUGAGUCAUUACUUGACUAAAAGAUUGCAGUUUGAAAAACACGAAACGGAUUUCGUAGCACUGAGACAUGAAAUCGGUGUAACGUGGAGCGACGGUAAGAAGGAACGUCGAGAGGUGACGAUGACUCUGCGGGGCGACCCACACUCGCACUCCGCCAUGGCGAGGACUGUGGGGCUGCCCACUGCCAUCGCUGCCAAGAUGGUGCUUGAUGGUGAAAUCCAGCAGCGAGGAGUAGUCCUGCCAUUCGAACCCGUUGUCUAUAAGUCCUUGCUGUCCAGGCUGCGAUAUGAAGGCAUCACAGCGAAAGAAGUCAUCCGACCACUUAAUUGAUUUAAUUAUUGUAUAUUUUUUACUAGAAGACUGAUAGAAUAGUUGGUCAGUCAUAUAUCUUCUAUUUAUAUAAUACCUAUUAAUUAAUUAAUUAGUAUUAUGUGUUAGAAAAUGAAUUAUUGUUCUUUCUUAAUUAUUGUUGUAAAUACCUAAUUAGCUACUUUACUGUUAAAUUUAAUUGUAUACGUAAACAUAGUUAUUGCAAUAUUUUUCAUUUAAGUUGUAUCUAUAUACCUAUUUACUGUAAAAUAAUAACUAUUACAAAAAAAACAUAGGUAAAUACUUUAAAUAAAUUUUUAAU